CGACACGGUUUUCUUCCUUGGGAUAGACGCCGACGUAAGAAGUAAACAAACACAUAAGUCUGGGUUAAAGAGAAGGAUAGACAUAUGUUCUACAUUUAAAAUUAUUUAUAACUUAAAUUUAAAGCAGACAAAGUUGUGAAUGUCUUGUCCUGGCAGCUUUUUUACCGCAUAGAGCCAGUACCGUCAGUGGAGAAGGAGCAUCGAUGGAGCAGAAGCUGGCAGAGUUCAGAGCCAGACGGCAGGCUGAGAAGAGUCAGAGUUCUGCUCCACAGAGCAGAGAGCAGGAAGCAGCACCCACAGGUGCUCAGUGUGAGCCCACAGCUACAGCUCACAGUCUGCAGCCAGAGGACACAGAAAACACCCGACCUGCUACUCAAAGCUCUCAAGGCAGGGACUGUAGAGACUGGCUGCUGGACAGUGCUCUGGGAAGGUGGCUGGCUUCAAGGCAGCUUGUUCUCUCAAACCUUACUUUGCUCAAAGUGCUGCUGUGGCUGGUUCUGCUGGGUCUGUUUGUUGAACUAGAGUUUGGCCUCCCCUUCUUCGUCAUCUCUCUCUUCUACUGGCUCUAUGAAGGACUCCGUAACCCAGCGCCCCGCAAGCCCGGAGAACUGAGCGCUUAUUCAGUCUUCAACCCAGACUGUCAGCCUCUGUUGGGCGCUCUGACUGCAGAGCAGCUAGAGGGAGAGAUGGGAUACAGACCUCUGGCUAACAGAUGAAGUGUUUGGGAUUUGCACAUAUAUAUCAGAUAAUCAGAGAUAUUCUCCAUUUGACAAAUGCUAAUUUACUCAGGAAUUUACUGUAAUUUCAGUUUUUUACUUGUGUAUAACACAAUAAAUUGGGAUUGGCCUAUUUACAGUUUUAGUCCUGUGUUUUUACUGGAAACAUUUUAAUGACAUCACAGUUACCGAGGAGAAUGUAAAGUCGUGGAGGACGGAUAUGUCACAUCAGAUACAGUUGUCUUAACAUCACCAUUACUUAGUGUAAAGAGUGAUGGAUUGACAUGUCCAUAGGGUUAUAUAUUUUAAGAUUUAUUAUUUUUAGCGCAUACCCCAAUUUUUCUGUACUGAUCAAUUUUGGUGGAAAAAUGUGAGAAGAGAAUGGUAUUUAGGGUUGAUACUGCGUUGUAUGCAUUAAAAGGAAGAGUGGCAAGCUGCUUUUAAUUUACAUGGCAAAAUGUUUACUAUAUAUUUAUGUUUUUCCAAGUUUAAUAAAUUUCUGAAGGCUGAA